AAAUGCCUUAAAGUGUAUGAAUUGUUUAGAGGAAGAAGUCCUUAGGCUUGAGGUCUGGCAGGAACAGAGUUGGCAGAUUCAACAUCAAUGCCUAAACUGUGAAGAGGAAUACAUGGACAUGGAAUUAUGGUGGGGUUGAAAUGGACAAAUUGUUUCUUAAGCAUCUCAAAAAUUUUAUUUUCUUUCCAUCUACUCUAACCACCUUCACACCAGAGGCAAAAAGUUAUAGAAUAAUUCUUGAAUUUCCUUAAAACUGAUUUUACAAAAUAAAUAAAGAUUGAAAAUCAAAGAUAUCACACAAAGAAAUAUUUGACGGGGUGAAAUUUUCUUCUAUAUUUAACUAUAGGUAUUUUACGUAGCGAUUAUUAUUGUUUUUUUAAUUAUAUUUUGAUAAUUGAACGUUUAUUUUUAUAUCAACAAGAGUUUUAAAAGCAAUUUGGGUUAAAAAUUACUACUUAUAAUCACAUUUGACACCGAUGUGACUUUCCAUUGGCACAUAAAUAAUCUUAACAUGAAUUAAUAUAUAGUAAUGUUUUAUUAAUGUUAAAAUAAAAAUUGAGCUAUCAAGAAUAUAGCAAAUGGUUAAACUGAGGACCAGACAACUGUCCAACCCGACAAACUAAAAUGGUAAUUCAGUCCAACCGGAUUGGAUUAGAAGAAUUGACGGUUAAAAUAGUGAUAAAACUGGUUCAAUAAGUGAUUGAACUGGUUAACCGGACCGGAUCAGAAGACUUGACGGUUAAAAUAGUGAUAAAACUGGUUGAAUAAGUGAUUGAACUGGUACUUAACCAAUGGUUGGACCGUAAACCAUGAAGUUAGGUUCAUUUUUCAUAUUUUACUCAAUCGGUUUAACUGGCGGUUGAAUCUACACCGAGAGCCACACCUGUGCUGAUUUACUGAUCCAAAGAAAAGGUACUGUAGAUUUGUUUGAGUGAGAAAGAGUUGAAUACAAGAUAGGCAUCCUUUCUAAUGAGUUUAGUUUAACAAUCCUUAUCAAGUCAUACCCUAUCUACUUUCUUCUGGUUCGGUUUCUUUAUCAAGAGCCAUUAUGACCCUUCCUCUUAAGAAUAAGAAACAACAACUAGUUUCCAUGGCGAAGGAAGCCAAAGAUGACGACGACAACUUGUCUGCUUCAUUUUCAUGGUGGUCAGAUAGCCAUAAUCGUCCUCAUAAUCAAUCUCCAUGGCUAAAAUCCAUAUUCUCAGAUUUAGAUGACAAGAUUAAAACGAUACUAAAUAUCAUACAAGAUGAUGGAGAUUCAUUUACAGAAAGAGCUGAAAUCUUUUACAAAAGAAGACCUGAACUUUUACAAAUCUUGCAUGAUUUGCACAACUCAUAUCACUCCUUAUCCCAAAACUACGACCAAUCACCUCUACAAAUCUCAACCGACGUCGCCGGUCUCCAAUCGGACGGCCAGGAUGAGGGGUAUCAUCAUAUGACGGUGUCGAAACUGAUAGAAGAUAAUCGGAGACAGCAGGCUGAGCUGAUAAGGAGAAAUGAUGAGAAGAGACUAGUAAUUAAACAACUUCGUGCGCAGGUCAGUAGGCUAAUGGAUGAUAAUAGGGCAUUGAUGAGUCGUCUUCCUCUUCCGAGUUAUAAGGUGGAUUUGAAACGGAGCGAGUCGACUAGUUUCUCCAAGAUCAAGGGACUCAAUUGCAUUGGCAACUUCCAUGACUAAAGCACUUUCAUAGUAUUGUUCAAAGGAAUCUUUGAUUGUUUUGGAUUGUUGAUUAACGAUGAUAAUUUUGUUUAAUUCAUUUUUAAUCUUAAUAAUUUGCUCUUGCUGUUUUUGGAUUCUA